AGUACCUCCCUCUAGUUUUGCUCCCUUUUAAACUGCACUAGCAUCAGUGUGUGAUUCUCUGCCUACCUUCCUAGACCUCCACCCUUUUGUCAAGCUGAGAAAAAAACACGCAUAGGAGCUUGUUCGGGUGCCCCCGAAAUAUUGCAAUAUCUCUUCCGAUUAACGGAGCUCGCCAGUUUUCAAUCCUCUCGACAUCAUUUCUCUGUGUACUGAUGCUUACGACCUCGCCGAACCGAAGGAUUUCUCUUGAGCAUGACAAGGACUCCCAACUCAUCUGCAAUUCAAUAUCUACGUUUGACCAAAAGCAGGAUCACUGGAUACAUAUGCUCUAGCAGAAGUUUUCAGCUAAACUAAAACACCUUGGACAGCAUCCCGAGCAGAGAGGAGAAUCAGAUUUCGGUCUCCGCAGAAUGGAGCGAGAAUGAACAGAGAGUGGCUGAAAGAAAAGCAUGAACUGGAGGUUUAUUGAGGUAAUCUGCUUCCUGUUUAUAUGGGACCAUAUAACAGUUCAGUCUUCCCGCCAGGACCCGUUGGCAGCAGAGCAACAUGUCACCAAGCAAUUUGAUUGGCUCAUCUCUGACCGCGGACCUUUCCACCACUCUCGGACUUACCUCUCCUUCAUGGAAAGAUUCCGCCAAGGAUUUACAACCCGAUAUAAAAUUUAUAGGGAGUUUGCACGUUGGAAGGUGAGGAACACAGCUAUUGAGAGGAGGGACUUGAUCCGGAACCCUGUCCCACUAAUGCCAGAGUUCCAGCGAAGCAUUCGCUUGCUGGGGCGAAGACCCUCCACUCAACAGUUCAUCGAUACCAUCAUCAAGAAGUAUGGAACACACAUCCUCAUAUCUGCCACGCUGGGAGGGGAGGAGGCACUGACCAUGUACAUGGCCAAGAACAAACUGGACAGGAAGCUGGUCAACUCAACUCAAAAUGUGGAAGCCCUGCACCAACUGGCCUCCUCCUACUUCAUAGACCGAGAUGGCACUAUGAGGAAGCUUCAUGAGAUCCAGAUAUCCACCAAUGCCAUUAAGGUGACAGAGACACGCACAGGACCGCUGGGAUGCAGCAGCUAUGAUAAUCUGGACUCAGUGAGCUCUGUCCUUCUGCAGAGCCCAGAGAGCAAGCUUCAUCUCCAAGGACUCCAGGUCAUCUUCCCUGAGUACCUGCAAGAGAAGUUUGUUCAAUCGGCUCUCAGCUACAUUAUGUGUAACGGCGAGGGAGAGCAUGUGUGCCAGAACAGCCAGUGCAUUUGCCAAUGCACGGAGGAGUACCCCCAGUGCAACUGUCCUAUCACCGACAUCCAGAUUAUGGAGAACACUUUGAUUGGGAUGGCUGAAACCUGGGCCACCUCUUACAAGGACUUUGAGAAGUCAGAUGAGUUUAAGUCCUUUCUCAAGAGGCUGCCUGCCACCCACUUCCUCCCUGUCAGCAGUGUUCACCUCUUGUGGGGCAGUGACUGGGACCUGCAGGCCCGCUACCGCCUACUCCAGAGUUCCCUGGAGUCCCAGAGACUCAAGAUCCAGCGAACAGCCCGGAAGCUCUUUGGUCUGAGCAUUCGCUGCCACCACAAUCCUAACCACCAAAGGCCUAGGGAGAGGUCGGUGAUGCAGUGGCUGAACAGGGUUCAAUCCUUCCUCUACUGCAAUGAGAAUGGUUUCUGGGGUACUUUUCUAGAGAGUCAGAGGACUUGUGUGUGCCACAUGGGUGUCACCCUAUGCCAGCGACCUAUACCUUGCAUAAUUGGGGGCAACAACAGCUGUGCCAUGUGCAGCCUGGCCAACAUCUCACAAUGCGGCUCCUGCAACAAGGGUUACCGCCUUUACCGUGGGCGCUGUGAGCCACAGAAUGUGGACUCGGAGCGCAGCGAGCAGUUCAUCAGCUUUGAGACGGACCUGGACUUCCAGGACCUGGAGCUAAAGUAUCUGCUCCAGAAGAUGGACUCACGCCUCUACAUCCACACCACUUUCAUCAGCAACGAAAUUCGCCUGGAGACUUUCUUUGACCCGCGGUGGCGGAAGCGCAUGUCACUUACCCUGAAGAGCAACAAGAAUCGGAUGGACUACCUUCACAUGAUAAUUGGACUUUCUAUGAAAAUCUGCCAAAUGCGGAACAGCAGCAUUGAUCCAAUGUUCUUUGUUUAUGUCAACCCCUUCAGUGGGAGUCACUCAGAGGGUUGGAGUAUGCCCUUUGGUGAGCAUGGCUACCCACGCUGGGAGAAGGUGCGCCUGCAGAACUCCCAGUGCUUCAACUGGACUCUUCUUCUGGGAAACAGAUGGAAGACUUUCUUUGAGACGGUGCACAUCUACUUGCGUAGCCGUGCUAAGGUGCCAACUGGACUGCGCAAUGACACAGGCCAGGGUCCUGUUGACCUCUCAGACCCCAAUAAGCGUCAGAUCUACAUAAAAAUCUCUGACAUCCAGGUUUUCGGAUACAGCCUGCGUUUUAAUGUUGACCUGCUUCGCAGCGCAGUUCAGCAGGUGAAUCAGUCUUACACCCAAGGGACUCAGUUCUACUCCUCCUCUUCUGUCAUGCUGCUCCUGCUGGACAUUAGAGAUCGGAUUAACCGUCUCGCCCCUCCGGUGGCACCGGGAAAGCCCCAAUUGGACCUGUUCUCUUGUAUGCUGAAGCACCGGCUCAAGCUCAACAACAGUGAGAUGAUCCGGGUCAACCACGCCUUGGACAUGUUCAACACAGAGAUACUGAAACAAUCAGAUCACCUCACUACCAAACUUUGCUGAAAUUCAAUGAACAAACAAGACAAAGAUAAGCAAACAAAACUGAUGCACCACAAAAAAGGGAUAUUAAUCUAAAUUUGUUUUUUCCCUUUUUUUAUUUGGGCCUUUUUGUUCUGCCUUUUGAUGUAAUAUUAACAACUUUGUAAGUGUAAUUGUUAAAUAGAAACUGAAAAAGAAAAUGAUCAAAGGUAUUUUAGGUGGAUAAAGAAGAAGAUUCAUGGAAACCACUGUACCAUAAUUGUCCCAGCAUGUCUGUCAUUUCCAAAAACAACAUAAAAAUAAAGAAAAACAGAAAACAUUAAAUCAAUUUUCUGGUGACAAAGAGGCCUUGAGUUUACUCUGAAGGAACAAAGGUUAUAUCUGAAACUGCCAUUCUUCUGACGAGUCAAAUAUUUUUUAAGAUAUUAAGUCUUAAGGGCAGACCAGAUAACAUCCUUUCAUUUAAAACCAAUAUGUUUCAUCAAAAAGCUAAAUACAACAAACAUGUAAAAGAAAUCUUUUAUGAUCAAGUUUAUAUAUUUUAGGGGUUACGUAGCUUAGUGAGCCAUUACUCAAAGAGUUAGCUACAGCACAGACACUGUAUUACAUCAGAAUCCAUGACAAAUCUGCAUCCCUCUCUUUGCGAUGCAAGGUAUGAGAACCUGAAAAGAGUAGGCUCACGGCAAGCUGUCAUGUCAAAUAACAAAAGCCAGCUGUUUAUAUAGAUAUAUAUAUAUAUAUGUAUACCUUUUUUCGCUUAAUGCUUGUUGCUGUUUGUUAGUUGAAUGUGUCAUUUUAGAGGGAGUCACUCCAGUCUAAGCUGAAAUCUGUCACUGGGUGCUACCUCCCAUGUUUAGAAUCCUCCCCAUAUUUCUCACAAAGUUGGUUCCUACUGGUGCCUGAGUGCAAUAUCAUGGUCUGAAGAUGAACAAUUAAUGCUAUUUCGUACAGCUUUGCAAAACGUACACUUUGUGACUGCUGAUGUGUCAAGCUGUAUGGGCACCAAGAGCACUUGAAACAUUGAUCAUUCACCCCCAUCUGUGACAGACAACAGGAAAGCCAUACAUUUCCUUAAAGUUAACAUAAGAUGUGAAAAGCCCCUUUCUACAUACAUAUGUUCCAUACAUAUGUUCCAUUUGUGUGUAAGUGAUUCAUUUCAAAUCUAGGACAGAACACUUAGAACCAAGAGAAUGUAUAUUUGGUGGAAUUUUGUUAUGAAAUUGUCAAUUCAUUUGAUUAAUUUUUACUUGAGUAAACCCAUACAGCAUGACAACUGAUUGUUAUUAAAGCUUCGAAAACAUUAAUUUUUAUUUUUAUCUGUUAAUUUCCUUUGUUUUAUUUGUUUGGAAUUUGUUUCUAAAUGAUGAACUUUCUAAAUUCGGAUUCAACCCACAUGCAGAGUUUUAUAAUUCUAGCAUGAAAUGCAAAACUUUCCUGAAAGCCUAGUUUAUUGCUGUCUGACCACAGAUUAUCACAGAAAACCUAGGAAAUAUCUAUGGACACUACCUACAAUAUAAAAUAUUGCUAUAUUAUUAUUAAGUGCCUGUUAUGUAUCCCUUUAACAUAUUUUAUUUUGUUUAUUUUGUUUCCCAAACACACACUAAACCACCCAACAGUAUAACAGAAAAAUUCGGUUGACAAAGGGUUACAUUUACUAGAGCCUCAGAGACCACAACUGAAAAAUAAUUAUUCUCAGCAUGAAGAAUUAACUGUUUAUCUGGUUAUAUGGUUUGCAUAUGAGAGAAAUUAAGCCAUUAGCAGGAUAAUGAAGUCUUGAUUUUUAGGCACUAUUACAGGCUACAUUAUAUAUAUAUAACUUUUUCUUGGUAUGACUAUAUUAAAAAUUAAAAUCAUAGUAGCAGCCUACAACAACAGUAAACUAGGUAAUUACUGUAGUACAAAGAUAACCCAUAAUUAUAAUUUAACUAUAAGCAACUUUAACUACAAUUGAACCCCAAUUUAACUUUAACUAUAAGUCGUAACAUUUUAUUGUUUUAGUUAUCUAUCUCAGAAGAAUUUUUUACAGUUUUGCUCUUGUCUAAAAUAAUGUACAAACAUGAGUUACUUCGUACCUUUGCAUACAUGACACAAGCACACAUUUGAUCUAUUUGCGUAACAUCACUGUCUUGUUGCAUAUCCCCAUGAAAACAUUUAAUUGAAGAUAUAGCUCCUAAUACCUUGCCUAUGUAAUUUUUGCUAUUCUGUUUAAAUCCUUCUAUCAGCUUAUUCAAAUGAAUGUUUCAUAUAUUAAUCUAUUUCUCAUUAAAAAGGCUAUAUUUAAUAAGAAGAGCAUUUUGUUUGUCUAUACCAGUUUGACCGGCACAUAACAGUACAUGGUGUAAAAAAAAAACAAUCACUAUGUGCAGGAUAUUUAUUUGUUUAGAACUACAAAGUGUUACACUAUUACUACCUCAGCGGAGUUUUAGACCAGCUAUUCAUCGGUUGGAACAAGUCUAUCUCCUCCUUAAUCAGAGUUUGUUUAUCUGAGUCUAUUGGAUAUUUUAAAUAUAGUGCUGCAAUAUGGAUAACCUUUUUUUGG